UACACCGUUCAAUUUCCUUUGGCUGCGGAGGUGACCUACGCCAUUACGAUUGAGGUCGAAAUGAUGUAUGGGGAUGAAGAAGAGCGAUAUAAUCCAUAUUGCAACCUAAGCUGCUGCUUUCUGACUGUCUGGACAUGCAUGGCUGACGGAGUUGACCGAGUCCCAAAAGUAAAAAGCAUGGAUAAACUUUUGCCGGAAACUACUUGGAUCGUCACCGUCGAGGAGAAUAAUCGGGACAUCCCAAUAACAAUUCGCCUGCAGCAGCCUGUCCGGAUACCGGCUGGGAAGUUCGUUGUCAUAAAGUUUCAACUGGAUGGGCCUCCAACAGAAUAUUUGUUCUCAAAUGAAGUGCACAGAACAAUGAUUGCGGAACCUGAGUCGGGAAUUGUUUUCCACACUCUCAUGGGGUCGGCCCAGAUCAAAGAACUUAAAUUUAGCGUGGCAGAUGAAACCUGGGUGGAACAAGAGCAACAGCAAGAACCGAAGAAAAAGAAGAUGAACUGGUUCCAGCGACUGAUGGAAUAUAUCUGCAUUAUUAUACUUGCAUUAUUCGUCGAAUGUAUUUGUGGUGAUGCUUGAUAAAUUGAUUAAAAUGAAAUAAACAAAUAAG